CAUCAACUUGCAGGCUGCAUCUCCAGAUGAUUGCCUCGAGUCAUUCAUCAAGCCUCUCCCUACCUACCUACUUUCGACCUCUACACUUGGACUGAAGAAGGCAAACGUUCGGCUGCCUGAUCUUCGUCUAUCCUCCUACAACAACUCAGAUCAACUCUCAAUUGAUGACUCUUGUUCUACAAGACCCUCAUCAACCACUCUCAACCCUUCUUCACUACUGACCUACAUAGUCUUCAUCACUACCCCACCUGGUUGGGCCUCAUCCUGUGAGGAAGCACGCAGGCAACUUCAUCUUCUGUCACCUCUAGCAACCCUCUUCUACACCUUGGUCUGGCUCAGUAAGUCGUGCUCACAUUCCCACCGAAUCUGAAUAUCGUCGUUCUUCACCACUUUGGCCACUGCCCCUCCCUCCCUUGCCUCUACCAAACAUGACUGACACCAGCCGUACCCACCAAAUUGACCUUGUAUACCCUCAGAUAGUUCUAGCCUUCUCUUACGAUUCAAUUCUUGCUCGAUCCAACGACCUCGAUCGGACCGUGAACCCGCUCGAAAGGGCGCAACCUUCUAUAAUGCAGGCUACCUCUCUCAGCGAUAGUUGGACCUCCCUCCCUGAUGCAGAUUCCUCUUUCGAAGACGAUGUCGACUCCGAACACACCGACCUCGGCUCCCUUCUCGAUGUUCGCAGCGCAGACGAUGUUCAGAGUGUGACGGGUACAGACAUCCAAGAUGACGGUUCAGAGGCUGAUUCAUUGGAAGACGAGGAUCGCCCUCAAGAACAAGAGUCGUCAAUAUUGGAUUUUCCCAAUCUGCCCGCCUCCCCCAUCUUCGCUUCACGUUCAGUUAGGUUCAGCCCCAUGUCUCCUUACCAUCCAGAAUCCCAUAUGGACGCCGAUCUCUCGCUCGAUCUUUCUCGCCCACGUGCUACACAGGAGGGUCAAACUGCCAGGGAUCUGACUCAUACAGAGCAAAGUGUGGUCCGAACGCAACAUCAACUUGAUGAAACAACCCUGAUCAAGUCAGCCAUCAGAUUGUCACUUUCUUCGCAUGGCUUAGAUCUAGCCAGCUACGAUUGUUUCAAGGUGAUUCUGCUGGGCAAUAAUGUGCACGAGUUUCGGCCUGAGAUCCAAGCAAAACUGGGUGAUGCGUUGGUCUCGAGUGCCAGCAGUUCGGUGUGCUCUAGUGCAUCUGCAUCUGCCACCCGCUUUCAUCUCGUCCCCAAUACUUUUGGCCCUGGUUCCGAGCCGGACUUUGCCGAUCUCGUUGCCAUCGACAAGCAAAUUGAGUUUGAAUACUACGAUCAGGCGAUGGAGGCUGUGGACAUGUGCAAUAGCCCACAGGUGGAAUUACACUUGCAGAAUAGUGAGACAAACACUCGAAUCUCCUCGCGGUGGAAUGGCCAGGACUUUACAAUCUCUCGACAGCGAUGGACUCCCCCAGACCUUGCCAUCCUCUGUCUUGAGCUGGAUGUGAUGGGAAAAUUGGACACACCAAGCAAGCACUUUGUUGAAUUCAUCCGUCGUCACAAUCUACCCUGCAUUGCCAUCAGACUGAACCAGAACUUGGCUGGAAGUUGUCAGGAGUAUCUGCAAGAUGGUGUGCUUCGAGAGGACAUCGAAGCCACAGAACCGACAUCUCCAAAUUCACGUGUUAUUGCAAGUGUCCCAGUUGAUAUUAGCACAUUCUUGAGCCUGGACUCGGCAGACGUCAAUAAGCACAUCACAUGGGCAUUGAAUACACCGAGACCUCCACCAGCAAAACCAUUUGCGUUCACUCCAAAGUUAGGACGUUCAACAAUGGUGGACUUGUGGAGAAGUAUGGCCAUUCCAUCCCCGCUUCACCUCCUGGUCGCUGUUGUCUCAUUUGGUGUCAUCCUCAACCUGGCUGCUGGCAUCUUUCUGCGCCCAACUUGGCCGGCUUCAGUGCAAAGCACAACCAACAUGCCGAUUGUGGCAAUCCGUACUGGCGUUGCAUCCACUGCACUCGUUCCUCCUAAUUCUGCACAUUCUGCACAAGUGGUCAGCAUGGAAUCACCAUCUGUUCUGAGCACAAUUGCAACCACAACCACAACCACAUCCAUGUCAGUUUCGUCAGUUUCGACUGAUUUGCCAUCACAUCAGGCGCCAACAGUGGUUGACGAUGUCCACCAGGAGCCGUACAUGUCAAAGGUGCAGGCGAACGUAGUCAUGAUCCGAGCACGACUACAACGCCAUUUGGUACCUGCCAGUAUUCAACUGCGGAACGCCUUGGGAACAGCACGGGAGACGAUGGAAUCGCUCAUAGCCCUGGAGCUUGACAAGGCUGCUAAGGAACAUCUUGCCAUCGCUCAAAAUCGAGCACAACAUAUGGUCGGAAUGGUGAGGUUUCGGGUUAAGAGCCUUUGGGAGUAGGUUACAAAUGCCGUUGUGAAGGUCAUUGAUAUUGUCAGAAUAGGAGCUUUCGAAUCCAGCCGUACGCAUGAAGCAUUGGGAAAGGAAUGGCAUUGGAGGCUAUGGAGGAACACGGGUUAGCAGCACAGAGGCACAGGAAUGGCAAUACCCAGGUGUUCAUAGGAUGUCACAAUCAAUAGAGAUUGAAACCACCGAUUGAUGCUACUUUCGUUUAGC